CCCUCCCCGCCCCGCGCGCCGCCGCCCGCCCGGAAACCGAGUCCCUCCUGAGAGCGUCCGAGCUGGACGGGCCCAGCCCCGCGCAGUCGCCGCCCCGCAGCCUCGCUGCCCCCGGCCGGCGCCCGGGCGCGGGGCCAUGGGGCGCCCGGGCCGGCGAGAGGCCCGAGCAGGAGCCCGGCGGGAAGUGGGGCUCCCGGCUUAUCUUUCCAGUAGGAAGAGCGAGCCUGAGAUGGUAGAUGUGGAUUCCCAGUUCCCGCCCCGGCCGGCGCUCGCACUAGUUCGCACGAUGGGAUUGUGAAAACUUCACUCCGUGGACCAUGGGCGACCACAGACUCCCGGACCACGCCCAACCCGUGGAACUUCUCGACAUCUAUUUGGGAGGUGACCUGCAGCCCCCUCCAGGACACUGCCCUCUGGGCCCUCCCAGACCGCCCGAGGACCAGACCUGGGCCGUGGACCCCGCUGGAGCCACCCGGCACGAUGCUCCUCCCUGGAGCUCCGAUGUGGAGCCUUCACUCCUGGAGAGCUGCUCCUCCCAGGGGGAGCCCAGGCAGAACACCACAGCAUCCCCGGGGCCGCCUGGGGACAGCCGUGGUCUGGGGAGCCCUCAGCAGAACCGGAACUCGUCCACCCAAGUGGUGUUCUGGGCGGGCAUCCUGCAGGCCCAGAUGUGUGUCCUGGACCUGGAGGAGGAGCUGGAGAAGACGGAAGGGCUCCGGGCUGGGCUGAAGUGCUGCCUGCCCCCUGCCCCUGCAGAGCUGCCCGGCCACCCGGGCCUGCACCCCAGCUCCCCCGUGGGGGAGGACUCCGGGGAAGACAGCAGCGGGCCGGAGGAGGAGGAGAAGCAGGCAUGGCCGAGGGAGGGGACCCCAGGCCUUUCGCCCGAGUGGGGAGCGGAGGAAGAGAGCGUGUUCUUCGACAACCCGCUCUUCCUGGAAAGCCCUGGUUCUGAAGCCAGUGCUUCUGCAGAGCGCUUCUCCUGGGGGUUCCCAGACCCCACCACGGAUGUGAACUUGGGGCCCGAUGGCCCACAGGCCCUUGAGCCGCCACUGCUAGGGGGCGCAGUGGCUUGGGAGCUGGGGAGUGAGCCAGAGUGGGGGGAUCACGGUGCUGAACGCAGUGGGCGCAACACCCCUCCGUUCCCGGUGCCCACCUACAAGCUGCACCCCUGCUGCACCUUCGAGCCCAGCACCGAGGGGGCCCUUGCAGCACCUUCUGGCCAGGAGGAGAGCCAGACUUCGCUGGAGGACGGGCUGGGCCCUGCCUCCCCCACAGCACCCAAAGUGGACGAGACGUUGACCUGGGAACCAGAAUGCCUCAGCUCCAACCUCGCCUCUGCCUCACAUCCUGUGCAACCUUGGGCCCCACCCAGCCCCGAGGGCUGGCGGAUGGAAGAGGGUCCCUCCUGGCGGCAGGUGCCUGUCUCCCAGGAGAGAGGUGAGAGGGAGGUUGGGCGGCCCCAGCCUCCUGCUCCCUGCACCGUGUCCCCCGGCGCCUGGGAGAGCCCAGCCUGUUUGCCAGAGCCCAGCUGCCCCGAGUCUGAGAGCACAGGCCCCGGGCCCAGCCUGGCGGCCUCCCAGGAAGGUGGCCCACAGCUCCAGUGCCACAGCUCAGGCGCUUUGCCCAACUGCAUGCCGAAUGCCUCACACUCUUUGCUCUUGGACACGGACGGGACAGAGCCGAGCUCCCUGAAGGAAGUGGAGGCAGGAGAGGCCGCUGACCCAGAGGAGGCAGUGAGGAGUGAAGACAUGGUUAGCACUGCAGAGGCUGGAGGCGGCCCGCCCAGCAUGCCCUUGACCUCUGCCGAAAGGCUUCCCGAGAGCCCUAUGCCCCAAGCAGAGACCCCAGAGGAAGGCCAGAGGCCACUGGCUGGAGACAAACUGGCUAAUGGUGUCAGGACGGACAAAGUGGCCUGGAACUUGGCCUCUCGCCUCUACCACCUGGAGGGCUUCCGGAAGUCUGAAGUGGCUGCCUACCUGCAGAAGAACAAUGACUUCAGCAAGGCCGUGGCUGAGGCGUACUUGACCUUCUUCCAGUUUGGAGGCCAGAGCCUGGACCAUGCCCUCCGGGGCUUCCUCCAGGCCCUGGUGCUCAGCGGGGAGACCCAGGAGCGGGAGCGAGUCCUCUACCAGUUCUCCAAACGCUUCCAUCACUGCAAUCCUGGGCUCUUCCCCUCAGCAGGAGAAAUGGAAGUCUGGGUUCCAGCACAGUGUUUCCACUCGUGUUCUCGGGCAGAUUCUGUUCACACCCUGACCUGUGCAGUCAUGCUCCUUAACACGGACCUGCACGGACAGAACAUUGGGAAGAGCAUGAGCUGCCAGGAAUUCAUAACCAACCUGCGUGGCCUGCAGGACGGCGGGAAUUUCUCCAAGGAGCUACUGAAGGCCCUCUACUGGUCUAUCCGAAGUGAGAAGCUUGAGUGGGCCGUGGAUGAAGAAGACACAGCCAGGCCCGAGAAGGCCCAGCCGUCUCCCCCGGCUGGCAAGAUGAGCAGCCCCUUGCUCCAGCUGGCCCAGGACCCCGCAGCGCCCACCUACAAGCAGGGAAUCCUGGCUCGCAAGAUGCAUCAGGACGCCGACGGCAAGAAGACACCGUGGGGCAAGCGUGGCUGGAAGAUGUUCCACACGUUACUGCGAGGGAUGGUUCUCUACUUCCUGAAGGGAGACAGCCACGGCCUGGAGGGGCAGAGCCUGCUGGGGCAGAUGGUGGAUGAGCCCGUGGGGGUGCACCACUCGCUGGCCACCCCGGCCACCCACUACACCAAGAGGCCACACGUCUUCCAGCUGCGGACAGCAGACUGGCGUCUCUACCUCUUCCAGGCCCCCACGGCCAAGGAGAUGAGCUCCUGGAUCGCGCGCAUCAACCUGGCCGCCGCCACGCACUCGGCGCCCCCCUUCCCCGCCGCCGUGGGCUCCCAGCGCCGCUUCGUGCGGCCCAUCCUGCCCAUGGGCCCAGCCCAGAGCUCCUUGGAGGAGCAGCAUCGAUCCCAUGAGAAUUGCCUGGACGCUGCCUCCGACGACCUGCUGGACCUGCAGCGGAAGCUGCCCGAGCGGCGGGGCCGCGGCCGGGAGCUGGAGGAGCACCGCUUGCGAAAGGAGUACCUGGAGUACGAGAAAACCCGCUACGAGACCUACGUGCAGCUGCUGGUGGCCCGGCUGCACUGCCCGGAGGGUGACCUGGCCCUGUGGGAGGAGCAGCUGGGGAGAGAAGCUGCAGGCGCACGGGAACCCAAGCCCAGCCUGAAGAAGUCCCACUCCAGCCCGUCCCUGCACCAGGAGGAGGCCCCCACCACGGCCAAGGUGAAGCGCAACAUCUCGGAGCGCAGAACCUACCGGAAGAUCAUCCCCAAGCGGAACCGCAACCAGCUGUGAAGCCGAGCGAGAGCUAUGGAGGAACCUGGAGGUUCACUCGCCCCCCCAGCCCCAGCUCUGUGGACCCUCAGCGGCCCCAGCCCCUGGCCACUCCCAGGGGAAGAGGGAAGUGGAAGACUUGGCUCUGCUCCCAGAGCCUGUCCCCUGUCGCCCUCCCUGUCCCAGAAUCCAGAGCGGCCUCAUUUCUGGGGCCUGCGCGUGGGCUCUGGGCCUGCAGGAGAGAGCUUGGGGCAGCAGCCAGGGGAGCCUGAAGUCAGCCUGGCAGUGGGAAUUAGGUGACCUGCUGGGGGAGGCCAUGGGAGAGAGUGGAGCAAGGGCCUCUAGGGAACGCCCAGCCAGCCUCUUGGGAUACAGGGAACAGGAGGUGGCUCAGCCCCUGCCCACUGAGGGGCAGCCUGCAGGCAGGGGCCCUCAGGGGCUCCGUCUUGUUGCACAGACAAGGAGAAGGCAGAGCCCAGGGGCUGGGGCCUGGGAGCCCGGGAACAGGAGGUCUUUGUCUCCCAGAGGCGCAAGGGGCUUCCCCAGGUUCAGACCACUUUGUGGGCAGAAUCCCCCAGCCGUGGAGAGGCGAGCGGUGUGGAGUCAGGCUGGAGACCAGACGAGACCUAGCCGGGCGCGGGAGACUCUGCCGGGCACCCCUCCCUCCACGGCCCUCACAGCUGCAUUCCCCCCGGGGGGCCAGGACCUCUUCCCUGCCCCAGCCCUGCUCCCUGCUCUGGCUCCCAGGGGCUUUGCAGCCCUCCCCCUGGGAAAUCCCCUGGUCCUGCCCUCUGGCUGCCUCCCAGUGGGGCCUGAUCUCUAGGGGAGGUUCUGGGCUGGAGGGAGCAGCCUCCAUUGUCUCUGUUCAGCCAAGUGUGCCGGAGGAGGAGGCUGGCUGGCUGCUGCCUGCCACACUGCCUCCGUGGGCCCAGGGGGAGGUGUGUGUGAGGCAGGCCGGCCCGGCCACCUGCAGAGUGGCAGGCUCUGUGCCCCCUGUGCCCCUGUGCCUGUGUGUGUGAGCACGAGGCACGGGGCGGUGGGCUCACGAAGCUGGAUGGAAGCUGAGAAUCUCGUACCCCUGCACCGGUUUAUUCCGUGCCUGUGACAAAGCCUUCUUGAGGGACUGGAGAGUUGAACGCGCGGUGACAGCUGCGCCUGUGGGUUCCCUGCUGUUGGCCUAAGACAGCACGGGCCUCUCUCCCUGCCCCGACACCCCACCCCAGUCUCAGGCUCCCGUCCAGCAGCCUGUAGGGCGUGGCCAGGUGUGUCAACAGCUCCCUGGGGAACUGAUGUGUAGCAGCCACUAUCGCGUUCCAUGGCCUCACUUUAAGGGGUGAAUUCUAGCAUGAGGUGGAUUGGACCAGAUGUCUGCAAAGUCAAGUGGCUUUCACCGGGUUGAUUGAACCUCGCUGGACUGGUGUGACUCUUCCUUUUUAACGUUUAUUUAUUUAUUUGAGAGGCAAAAAGAGAUCUCCCAUCUGCCGGUUCCCUCCCAAAAUGCUCACAACGGCCAGGGCUGGGCCAGACCAAAGCCGGGAGCCGGAGCUCAAUCCGGGUCUCCACUGAGCCAUCACCUGCUGCCUCUCAGGGGCACAUUCACAGAAAGCCGGAAUCAGGAGUUGAACCCGGGCACGUAGAUGUGGGCGGUGGGCGUCCUCAACCAGUGUCUGAAGUGCCCCUGUCAUUCCUAAAGCCAGAAUAAAAGGUGGAGGUUCGUCUGAA